GAAAUAAUGACGUCAAGUGGAAUCGUUACUUCAUGCAUCAACAGCUGAAUAACAACACCGCAGCGUCACCCAAUUCUUCACAUCUUCAUUACACAUUUAUGCUGCAAUCAAAACUGGUCACAAUGUCUCUAACACCGCUCUCAUCUCUCCGCGUCUCCAAGCAUCUCAUCCCAUCUCACAAACUUAUCCCUAAUUGCAGCAUCCAUCAAAAACCGCUUCUUCACUACCACGCCGCCUUCAAGCCCCCAACAUCGGCCUCAGAGAUCGAAGCGCACCUAACCUCAAUUAACGUGGUAACACCACAAUGGCGCUACACAAUGUACUCCCAGACACACUUCCACAGCACGACCCACGAGGUCCUCUGCAUAAGCCACGGCAGAGCCCGCUUAUGCUUUGGUGGCGAGGACAAUGAGGGGAGGGUCGAGCCGGUGGUGGAAGCGGGCGAUGUGGUUAUUGUGCCCGUGGGAGUGGGACAUCGUCUGUUGGAGGAUCUGGACGGCGGGUUUGAGAUGGUCGGGAGUUAUCCGAAGGGCUGUGAUUGGGAUAUGUGCUAUGGGAAGAAGGGAGAGGAGGAAAAGGUGAAAGCUAUUGAGGACGUGGAGUGGUUUCGGAGAGAUCCUAUCUACGGGGAUGAAGGGCCUGCUACUGAGGUUUAACGAGUCACGUCUGUGGCAUUUGCCGUGGCUUCGGGAGUAUCGAGAGUUAAACUUUCUCUGCAAGGCACAAGCCGUGGGUCAAAUUAUGUAUUCAAUCCAUCAUUACUAUCGUCCAUUAAUCCAUACUAUUCACAUAACCA